GGAGAAAUAUUUUCAUCCUUGCCCUACCUUAUUUUCUUUUACUCUUUUCAUUUGCCUUUGUUGUUCUCUGAUCUUAUUAUAUAUAUAUAUAUAAUUAAGAGGACUCAAAAUGCGACGACUAUUUCGGUAUAUAACAACAAAGCGAUCACCAAUCCAACAUUACUCUAGGUCAAUAGGACAACAAUAUUAUACCACCACUACACUAACUAAAGAAUCUGGACCUAGUAUGAAUGCCUUGCUGGACAAGAAACUCAUGUCACCUUUAUCACUCUCAGUUAAUCACCAGGAGCAGCAACCCUUAUCUUCUCAACAACGUAAUGGAAGAGCAACUACCAAUGCACUUUCUCAAUUUUAUCGAGGACUUUCUACUCAAAAUCUGGAUCAGCUAUGGCCAUUUUAUUCUACUUUAUACCAACAUCAACUUCAUACUCGACUGACACGCACUAAUUAUCGACGAUUAAUUCAACUAGCAGCAAGAGAACCCAAAACACAAAAGAAUCUUCAUCGAUUACUAGCGUUGAUGGAGGAUAUGCAACAAUUAGGAUUCUCUUUAAGGUUAUCGGAUUAUAAUAUUGUCAUGUCUUGGAUAGGUGGUGCCACUGUGCCUGAACAACGAGGACGACAUUUGACUGAAGCUUUGGAAUGGAUGAUGUCAAUGGAAAAACAACAAAGCCCAACUAUAUCGCCUUCUGUUGUCACCUUUAAUACCUUGAUUCAUGUCGCAUCUCAAGCCAAUGAUAUUGUUACAGCACAACGUUUAUACAAUUCCAUGUUAGCCAAAGGAAUCCAAGCCGAUGCUUAUACUUAUACCACUCUUCUUCAUAGUAUGGCCACUAUGGGCGAUGUACAGGGUGUACAAGAGAUGAUGACAAGAUUGGAAAACAAGGGCCUUGGUGGUUUACUUAAUCGUACCGUGACCUGGAACGUUUUAUUAGAUUGUUACUAUGGCUUCUCUUCCUCUAAUGAUUGUAUGGGUGAACAAGAUGAUUCAUUUGAUUAUCAAUCCAAAGCUGAUCAUAUGUUCCAAUCGAUGCAACACAAUAGGAAGGAUGGUUUGCAUAUGGCGCCUGCAGCAGACACAGCGACUUUUCAGAUUUAUAUUGAUUAUUUAUUACGACAGAAUCGACAAACGGAAGCUAUACAAACGUUAUUGAUCACCAUGUUACAACAAUACCAAGUGAAACCUACCAUUACUGUUUAUGAUCAAUUGUUUGCUUCCUUUAUGAACAAGUCGGCUUUGAAUUUGACGAAUGAUGGAGAACGUUCAUCUUCUUCUCAACUGCGUCAGUUAUAUCAAUCCAUGCAAGAACAAACUUAUCUACGACCUACCUCACGUACUCUGUAUACCCUUAUCAAUGCUUUGUUGGAUCAUGACGACACUACUUUUGCUCUAGAAACAUUUGUCUCUUUGUGUCAGCAAGAAAAUUUGUCCCCAUGUCAGGAAUUAUUAGAUCGGUUACAAGGCAUUCUUCAAGAUAACCAAGAUUUACCAACAACUCCACAAUUGUAUACACAACCUUCUUUGGAAAUAGAAGACAAGUUUUUUAAUGAUAGAUAGAUAGAUAGAUAGACAGAUACCGACUUUUAAUACAUAUAAUAAAGAUCAAUCACAUGCUUGUUCUUGACUUUUUG